CUUCCUUCUUUGUGACCUUCGCCACGACGACCGUCUUUUUAAAUCGUCAUCACUCUUGUACUGGUGCGCGCCACUAAGCUCAAGAGAAUACUUACUACAUCAUCAUCAGAGGAUCCCGGUACUCACGCGCAGGAGGGGAUUUGAUACACGUCCCUUGAGGAGAGAUUCGUCGUCAUCGUCGUCAUCAUCGUGGCCCAACCAACAAACGGCAGCGACUGACUAUAAACAAAACACAAAGAGACGGGGCGGUAGAGAAACAGACAGAAAAAAAAGAGGGAAACAGGCAGGCAGGCAGGCCAUGGCUGAGCCGCACAACACGCCCGUGCCUGGCUCGACGCCCCGCGCAACCUCCCCCGUGCACGGCGCCGGCGCCGGCGGCAACUUCGUCCCGCAGCACCAGCUUCACCCUAACGCGCCGCCGCCGCCUCUUGCAUCGCCUUCCCAGCCAACAACCUACGCAUCUGCCCGCCCCCGCGUCCUGUACCUAGGCGACCCAGUCAACAGUUCAGCCGCCGCCUCGUACCAGGAGCUCGCCGCGCGGUACGAUGUCAUCAUCCAUCAUUUUCAUCAGCCGCAGCCGGCGGCGGCGAUAGAGGACGGCCAGCAGCAGCAGCAGCAGCAGCAGCAGCAGCAGCGCGCGCGCCUCGUCCAGGCGCUGCGAGACCGCACGUGGGGCGACUUGGCGGCCGUCGUCCGCCCGUCAGCGUCGUCAUGCGGCUUCUGGGAUGCCGAGCUGGUGGACCUGCUGCCCGCGAGCGUGAGGGUGGUUGCCAGUGCGGACGACGGCGCGGAGGAGAGGGCUGACGGGAGGCGGCGGUUGCGGGAGCGAGGGAUCGUGUACUACUGCCCCGGCGACGAGACGGCCGCAGAUGCCGAUGCUGUCGCCGUCUCGACCCCCGGUCACGUCUCGCCCGCGGAUGCUGAGGAGCUGUGCGUGCGCAAAGUCAUGUCGGUGCUGGAAGGCGACGGACGGGAUUCCAUCCUUGCCAUCGGCGGCGGCUUUGGAGGGCGUGAGCAAGCAUAAAGGCAACUACGUAGCACAUAGCGGUCGAGUUUUCAGGGCUACUACUACUAAUGUUAACACGGAGGCGGUUUUAUACAGACAUAUCGUACAUGACAUUGAGGAGGAAGCCCUCCCGGAAUCAACA